GAAUUAUCAAAUGUGUACAAAGUUUUCGGCUAAAUAUUUUAUAUUGUUUAAUGGAAAUUUAAUUUUGUGUAAAGUAUAUAUUUUUGGUUAGAUAUUACAAACAUUAGGUGACUUAUGUGCAUAUGAGUAUUAUUUGAUUUUACUCGGCAUGUGUGCAGAAAAUGGGAAAACAAAACAGCAAGCUAAAGCCAGAAGUACUGGAGGAUUUAAAACAAAACACAGAAUUCACAGAUGCUGAAAUUCAAGAGUGGUAUAAAGGAUUCCUUAAAGAUUGUCCAAGUGGGCACCUAUCGGUGGAAGAGUUCAAAAAAAUAUAUGGAAAUUUUUUUCCCUAUGGAGAUGCAAGUAAGUUUGCUGAACAUGUUUUUCGCACAUUUGAUGCUAAUGGUGAUGGCACCAUCGACUUCAGAGAGUUUCUUUGUGCUCUUAGUGUAACAUCAAGGGGAAAAUUAGAACAAAAACUCAAAUGGGCAUUUUCAAUGUAUGACUUAGACGGAAAUGGCUAUAUAUCACGCCAAGAAAUGCUUGAAAUUGUUACGGCUAUAUAUAAAAUGGUUGGAUCUGUUAUGAAAAUGCCUGAAGACGAAAGUACACCAGAAAAAAGAACUGAUAAAAUAUUUAGGCAAAUGGAUCGAAACAAGGAUGGGAAAUUAAGUCUAGAAGAGUUUAUAGAAGGUGCAAAAAGCGAUCCAUCAAUAGUUCGUUUAUUACAAUGUGAUCCUCAAUCACAUUAACUUACAUUGUAAUAGUAUAAGUAAGCAAUAAAUGUUCGGAUUAUAAUAGUAA